AGAGGCCACGCGAUGAAGGCGAGUGAAAUGCUGCCGCAUCACCGUCCAAGCGUGGCUGUUUUCGUCUGAAAGGCGCCGUCCCCGCCACAGCAGCGGGCCCUGAGCGCCUGCUGAAGCAGCGCCAUGAGAAUGCGAGUCAUCGUGGUUCGAUGGCGGAGGUGUCCGGCAGCCCUGGUGGCGGGGCUCCUCCAGCUGCUGCUCGUCUUAUCCUCGGCAGUGGCGGGAGCGAUGGCGCAGUGGUUCCACAGGGCGUGUCCCUCUCGGCAACUGAUAGGGCCCUCGUGCCAGUGCGCGGACAAGACCAAGGGCCUCGACGUCAUCUGCGAACGAGUCGAGCGCGCUGACCGGCUAAGGGAAUCGCUGGCGGCCGUUGCGGACGCGCAGCAUCCUGUUCUCUACUUGAAAAUCAAGGAAGUCAGGCUAGAGCGGUUCCCGCCUGGUCUGUUAGAUGGUCUGGAGAUAUCUCACCUGCUCGUUCACCACAGCAACGUGUCCGAGAUUCACCUGGACGCCUUUCGCGGUGUGGGUGACCGCCUCGAGUCGUUGGACCUUUCCCAGAAUGCAUUAGAAGAGGUUCCUACGGACUCUUUACAGCGCUCGAAAUAUGGAAUUGUAUUUUGCUCUCUGUGCGUGUCUCAGGUUCCGUCGGAGUCCCUACAAGGUGUGGCUGUGCUGCAGCAGCUCUUGUUGCACGAGAACCGUAUUGACGAGUUGCUGCCUGAUCGGUUCCCCUUGGAAGGAAGGGCGCUGGACAUUCUCAACCUAGCCGACAACCGCAUUCAGACGCUGCCGGAGGCCGCGUUUGCGCGGCUAGGCUCACUCGUCUCGCUAGAGCUCGAAAGGAACGGACUCGUAGACAUCCACCCGGAUGCGUUCCUUGGAGUACAUGCGACCAUGGAAUGGUUGAAGCUUGGCUACAACUACCUGUCCGAGGUUCCCAGUGAGGCGCUACAGAACCUUACCGCUCUGCGGGAGCUCGACCUCCGAGGAAACAACAUUUCGGCCAUAGCGAGUGACGCGUUUGCAGGAUUCGGAGCCUCGCUCAAGUUUCUGUACCUUCAAAAGAACAGGGUGCAGUACAUCGAGGCCGGUGCCUUUGACGAGAUGAACUCGCUAGAGUGGCUGUAUCUUCACUCGAACGAGAUCGUCACCCUCACACAUGACGUGUUCAAGCCCUUGCUGGGCACACUGUCCAUACUCGACGUUCAUGACAACCCGUUCCACUGCGACUGCGAGCUGAGCUGGCUGCGGCUACUGCUACAGGGCCAGAGCAACAUCGUGGUGAACCAGCCCCGAGAGACGCGCUGCGCCUCGCCCGAGGAACACGCGAGCACGGCGCUCGUCGAACUGCCCGGCAUGCAGUGUGCCGCGCCGGCCUCGCUGCUGCGUCCGGGAGGCGACCACCUUCUCUACGCCUCGCUGAGGACUGCGCUGGCCGCAUUGGCCCUGCUACACGGUGCCUUUGCCUCCUGAGGCCGGCGCACCUCGUCGUGCAAGUCCCCCACCCAUCUCGCCACCUGCGAAGUACGUGCCGCUGCUCUCACGACAGACACAAAACGAUGAUUAAUUCUUAAAGUCUUGCCUCGUAUGAUGCUGGACUUGCUGCAAAAAGCAAUCCUGUGACGUAGCUCGCUAAGUAUUACUCUUGCAAAAAAUAUAACGGCACCUUAGCACAAUCGUUGUGUGUUUAAAUUGAACAAACGCGUCGAAGUUAGUUGACUGAAUGUCAUAGUAAUAAAAAUGUGGAUUAGGCAUUUUCUGUCGCAUCACUAUAAGCAUCACUAUUGUAUAGUCUGGGAUGAAGUUCUUGAGAGCUUGAAAAGCCAGGCCACCUUAUGGAAGGUUAUCUGAACUGUUAAACAUGAGUGAGGGGAUGAGGCGAGGAAUUAUGACAUGGAAGACUGCUGUCGUUUUAAGUUUCAAUGGGCAAUAUUACGCUUAAUCCUUCGGGAUGACAACUUCAACAGUACCCCUGGAAAAAACUGGGCUGUAAAAUUUACCAUAAUUCUCUCGAGAAACUUUCAUUUGCGGUUGAGAUGUAACUUCGUGGUUGGCGAGAUGGAAUGGGCAUGUGAGUGCGAACGCCAGAACUGGUGUACCCCGGCUGUGUGCGCGUUCGUCUCUCGUGCUGUGAGUGGUCGGUCGAACCAGCUCCCGUGACAGCCAGCAGCUCGGCACUGCGUGUAUUUUCAAGAAAAAAAAACGCCGUGAUCGGCGAUAAGCGUGAGCCAGAGAUUAGGCCUAGCUCUCGGGUUAGGCCUAAGCGUCCUUCUGCUACCAAUUGCGCCGUGGGCGUGUGUGUGCGUGCGUGUGUUUUCAGUGUGGGCUCAAGCGCGUGUGCUUCGCCACUCAAGUUGGUCGUAACAACCGAGUUGUUUGAAUAUAUUCUUCGCGCACGACCGUACGGCGACACCUUUCUCCCAAGCUGUUGUGUUGUGUUGUUUGUUCACGGGUGGCUAUAGCACCGACGACGAAGAACGUGACGUGUGUUUCACCAUUCGGCCACCACGUCGUCUGUGCCGGUGCGCUUUGACAGAGAACAAUAAGGAAAUGCCGCAUGCGCAAAACAUUCUAUAGACGAGUAAGCCCAACGAACUUCUCCAACCUGGCACUUCAGCGCGUGGCACUGCAACAAGUGGGCUCAUUUAAGGCUCCCAAAACGUGUUGUGUGCACAGAAAAAGCAGGUUACGGUGAAGGCAACAGACCACAUCGGUAGGCUGAGAUGGUGCUGUGUGCGAUGAACAGUUGCAAGGAGCUCAUUAACGCGAACAUCGCGCAGCGUCCUAUAGCUUUUGCUCCGCACCGUGGCAUGGACGUGGCGCUGUUUUCAGGUUCAAGAAGCGUUUGCAUUGGCAGUUCUGCCAACUACAGAUAGUUGUUUAUCGGACGCACGGAAACAGUCUGUUUUACCAGUGGGAGAAGACAUGCGAGUGUCGAUCGUCCUGGGUGGAGGUGUUUGCACGAGCACGGAGAAUCGGCGUCGUGUUCUUUGUUGUCGCGAGAUUAUCCCAUUUAUGGAUUGUUUUCUUUUUGCUCUUCUCCUGUUGCAACAACAUGGCUUCGUGCGGAGGCACUGAAUAAAAUGUUGUAAUAUCA